AUGUCUACCAUGCCUGCUACCGCCGGCCACAGCCAGCCGUGCUGUAAUGUUCCUCCUAUUGUUACCAAGGGAUACCAAGCGAAGGGUACUUACGAGGAGAUUGGUGGCUACAAGACUUACGUCACUGGCCCGUCUGAUGCGACCAAGGCUAUUGUCGUCAUCUACGACAUCUUUGGCUACUUUGAGCAGACUCUCCAGGGCGCUGAUAUCCUCGCCCACAGCGACAACGAGCACAAGUACAAGGUCUUGAUUCCAGAUUGGUUCAAGGGCAACCCGGCCGGCAUUGACUGGUAUCCCCCCGACACUCCUGAGAAGAAGGAGAAACUCGGCGCCUUUUUUGGCAAGUUUCCUCCCCCAGCCACGGCUGGCAAUGUCCCCGCCUUUGUGCAGGCCGUCAAGGACAAGAACCCGUCUCUGAGCAAGUUUGGUAUUCUGGGCUACUGCUGGGGCGGCAAGGUCGCAACUCUCGCCACCAAAGCUGACAACAGCCCCUUUGGCGCGGUUGCGUCCGUCCAUCCCGCCAUGGUUGAUCCCGCCGACGCGCAGGGCAUCAACGUCCCCAUGGCGCUGUUGGCCUCUGGCGACGAGCCCGCCGAGGACGUCAAGAAGUUUGAGGACGCGCUCAAGGUGCCCAAGCAUGUCGAGAUCUUCAAGGACCAGAUCCACGGGUGGAUGGCCGCUCGUUCCAACCUAAGCGACGACCGAGUCAAGGAAGAGUAUGAACGCGGCUACAAGACCCUUUUGAGCUUUUACGGCAAGCACUUGUAA